UGAAAACUAACAUGUAUUUCCUUUUGGAAAUGCUUUAAUAAUAGCUAUCUACCUUUCAGGAACUGGAGGAAUUGAUUAUUCAAAGGUUUCUGACAACUGAUGGAAAGAAGAGGAAAUCAGAUGUUUUAAUCUCCCUUUUCUUUAUUUGUCCUACUAGAAAGCUGUGUUCUCGUUCCAAGUUCACAGGCUUGUGUGCCAACCUUUGACAGAAGGUAUGCGUGCUUGGUCCAGACCUCACAAUGAAUUUCCAAAAAAUUGUUUUUAUCAGACUGAGACAAAAACAGCUAUGGGGAAGGUGAAAAUUAGAGAAAAACAGUAUGAACAGAAAGAUCUUCUGUUAAAUUAUGUUCUUCCCCUGUAUAUCAUGCAUUCAACUUAAUAUCACAGUGAAUUAAUACCAGCAUAUAAUAUGUUCACCUUCUGCCUAGCCCGGUUUUCUGUGGGUCAGUCUCUACAUUUCAAAGUUAAGCGAAUUUGGCCUCUGUCUCUGAGAAAAAGAAAAGUGGGUGCUUUGGCAUUGUCUUUGGUGGUUAAGCGCUUAACUUCCUUAGAAAUAAUCUCCUAUUCCUCACGAGCAUGUCCCUAGGUCCUAGCCCCAGUGGCUGCCAUUAAGUAGGCGCUCAAUAAAGAUUUGUUGACUAAAUGACCGGCUAUUCAAAAGCCCUCAAACUAUAUUUGUGGUUGAACCAGAACAAUUCUGUGUAACACUUUAAAUCUUAAACCAUUAAGAAUGAGAUGUGUUCCUGCGAGAUACUGUGGGGUUUUUAAUUUCUAGAAGUAUCCAGAAAUGAAGAAAUCCUUAUCUUUUGGGGAUAAUACCCUCCCUGGCUGAAGAUGAAGGUAUCUCUAGAGCCUUUCGCAGUGUCUGUACACAGUAGUUAACAAAUACUGCAUGUAUAUGAGAGAGUGGCUUCCAUGUGGGUGGGGUACCCCGUCUUCCUAGCAAGUCUUCUAUUCACCCCCCCUGCCUGGAGUCUGCCCCACCUCGUUGGGUCAGUUGCUCUCCAGAUGUGACUUCUAAAGCGGAUUUAUUUCAUAGAGCCGAGAGCCCUCGGUGUGCCACGCCCUUGUCACAAUUGCGCAAAUGAUGACUAGCCCUUCCUACCAGUGUUCUCUCCUCAAGCUCUGUUCCACUCCAACCUGACCCACAAAAUAUAGAAGUGCUGUUUUACAACUUUGUUGAGUUCUCACUUGAUUCUAGAUACGUAACUUGUAAAAUGGUAUUGCACAGUUUAUUCUGGGCAGUUUCUGAGUCAUUUUUAUACACAGAUGACAGCAUAUUGUAAGUGCGUCGUAUUAUGUAAGGGCUUGUUUCUCCAGGUCAUACCAGCUGAGUCAUGGUUUGGAAAAAAAGAAGUACUUGGCAUAGUCAAAAGCAUAUAAGUUUAAUCCUGGCCCUUCCCGUUCUAGCUGUGUGAUCUUAGGCAAGUCACUUAAUCACAUGAGCUUCUGUUUUUCAAGUGUAAAAUGGGCAUAAUCAUUCCUAUCCUUGCUACUGAAGGUUCAAGGUGGGGACUUGAGUAAGAGAGAACAAGAGACUAAGCAAUUUCAAUGGAUUUCUGGAAGACUAAGCACAUGGAAGAACACUGAGUGGGAGAAGCUAUAGCCCAGGAUGUGCUUGGAGGGUCUUGCAGAAGACAGGGGAGCCUCCCUCUGUGCUAGAACCUUGCUGAGGUUGGGGACUCGGAAAAGUUAUCGGAAUGACUAGAAGAUGGAAGAUAGUGAAGAUCUCUAUACAAAAUGGUCAUCCUCCAUCCCUGUUCCUCAACUCUGGUGCCAGGAACCCCCAGCAACUAGAUGCUCAAUCACAGAGAAAACCAAAACCAACCAACCGAUGACCAGAGGGGACUUUUAUAAAGAGAGUGAAGGAUCUUUCUGAGAAAACUUGGGCAGCUGCAGCUGUUGGUACCGCGGCACAAAGUCAUCUACAUUCCGGCAUUUGAGAGGCCUCAGCACAAUGAUCAGAUCUCUGACUAUUCACCCUAAAUUGAAGCCUGCCAAUCAGCAAGUUCCACAUACGUGCUAAAAGUACGAGUCAGCCUUUCUCCUAUCUCAUUCUUAAGAAUAGCCUGACAACUGGAGUCACCAAACAUUUGAGAAAAACCUACAGUAUGACAAAGAAAGGUAAACAGAGAAGAAGCGACCGCAGAAGAAACAUAAUUCAGGGAAUAUAAGAAGGGCCAAAUAAAAAUCCUACAAAAUGAGUUACUUACCACUAGAGAGAUGUGAAAUGAUAUUACAUCUGUUAAACAAGAACAUGAUGCUACAAAAAGGAAGAGUUAGAAAAUGGGAAGGAACUCUUGGAAAUGAUAUAUUCAACAGAUAGAUCAAUAGAUGAGUGAAACAAGUUUGGCAAGUGUUAACAGUUGUUGAAGUCUGGUGGUGGAUAGAUAUAUAAGUGUUCCUGUACUAUUCUUCCAACUUUUCUGAAUACUGGAAAAUUUCAUUAAUAAAUUUUUGAAAAAACAAAAUAAAAAAGAUAACAGUUUGACAUAAAAAUUCGCUGAAGAAGUGAAUCCUGCUUUUGACACUUAGUAGCUAUAUGACAGCAGUGAUGCCAAGAGAUGGUUCUUGGGGAGGAAAUGGGAACUGGGGGAGACUUGAUUCUAUGCAGAUCCUCCAUGGAGCCACCACCUGUGCCACCCAGAAGCAUAAGGGCAGCAUGCUUUAGCACAAACCUCCUAGACACUACAUUUUGGCUCCAAAGGCCCACCCACCAAAAGCUAUGUGACCCGGGUGAAGUACUUAAUUUAUCCAUGGACCUAGUUUCGAGUAGAUCUGAAGGAUGAAGAGGAAAGAGGAGUUUAGGAUGACUUCCAGAAUUCUGGCUGGAGUGACACCUCAGGAAGAGGAGGCGUAGGCAUUCCUGGGGGGUUGGGAGGUAUUUCAGGCCAAAGGACUCAAAGAAUGACCUUCUCUGUAGAAGCAGUGUGGAGACUCAGAGUCAUCUAAUUUUAACAACAUGGGAUUUCUGCUUGUAUCCCAAGCUAAUGAAGAGGAAUGAAGCAGUUAUGUCUGUUCUUUCAAAUGUUCUAUAAUGAGCAUAUAUUGCUCUAUUUGUAAAUAGAGAUUAUUGUUAAAGCCUUCCUAUGGUGUAAAGCUCAGAAACGGCAAAAACUGCUACAGGAUGUUGUAUAUUAUGAGCUAUAUUUUUAAUUGAGCAUUUAUAUGAUUGUGUGCUAAAAUUACGCUUUUAAGUGCAUGCAUUUGAACCGAUAAACUCAAUUUAUAUCAGCUGAUGUAUAACAGCAAGAUGCAGCUUGAUGUGUUUUGGCAGCAGCUGAGGGAGAAACUGACAACAGCUAUAACCACAGAAUGGGACAUCCAACCCCGGCAGUGAAGGUGGCAUCCGGAGUAGAGGUGAGUAGUGAGGGACCGUUCUCGCAGCUGGAGUGCUGCUGAAACAAUAGACAGGGCAGCUGGGGGUGGGAGCCAUUCAGGAUCCCCAAGGAAGGAAAAAAUCUAGGGUGCGGGAGGUUGGAGGUCCGGUACUAACACCAGGAGGAAAUCCUACAAAUAACGGUACAAGAUGGCUCACCGAUUACAUUUCUGGGUAUUAGUAAUCGAUUAUCCCUGACCUUCACCAUAACCUUGUAUGAUUGUUAGGUUUGGUUUGGUUUUGUCAGAGUUAAAAAAGAAAAGGCAAAUAGUACAGGAGGAUUUACAAAAAGAAGCAAUGGUUCCUUGCUCUUUAUUCCUCAGCCUCAGUCCCACUUUGCAAGGCAACCACUGUUAGCUUCCCAGCUUUAACUCUGCUGCUGAUGCCCUCCAACUGUGUAAAUACGAUGGAUCUACGAUACGUAGAUACGUAAACACGAUGGAUGUUUUACGACAUUACUUACUGACUCUUGCAAUGACAAAUAUUCAUUUUACUUAAUAUCACCCCCGCACACACAGUAGUUACAUCACUAUUUUUAUCUUACUCACUUUUGCAGGUUUAAUUUCCUUCAACGUUUGUUUUUAGUUCUCCCAAACACAGACAGCAUCUCUUGGCUUUCCAUUUUGUGAGAGGAGGGUAUUUGAGCGCCUACGUCUCCUGGACUCCCCACCUCUGCUUCCACCUCCAGACUUUUCAUCAAGCUGUACUCAGAUUUCCAUGGCUGAGAACAUUUACAUUCCAUUCUGUAACCACAGUUAAGUCUUCUACAGCUUGUCCCUAGGUGAGAGUCUGUUAGAGUCUAAUAGACAGUAGCAAUAAACAGCAUUAACGCAAACUUUCCUUCACAGCAGAGACAAGAAGUGUGUUUCCUUCUCCGUAGUCAGUGUCACAACCCCGUGCUGCUCAAUUUCUCAGAAUCGUGGUGCACCCUAAAUCCAAUGAUGAAUGGCCUUAUAAGGAACAAAAAAAGGAGACGAACAGAGAGAUACAGAAGAGAAGGCCAUGUGAAGAUGGAGGCAGAGACUGGAGUGAUGCGUCUACAAACCAACCAACACUAAGAAUUUCCAGCAGCCACCAGCUAGACUAAAACUCUCUUUCUUUAGCAAUACUUUUGGGCGAGUAAGUUUCCUCUUGGCAUGAUCUCUAUUGAAGCAGCUUCUGACCCCUAACAAGCUGGGAACAAUCCUCCAGUCCUGUAUCAUUCUGCUUUAAAUUGGAAACUUGAACUGCAGAGGGGAAUUACCUGCAAUUAUCAUUUCACAGCUGUUUGUAAGAUUCCCCCCUUCAACCUCUGCUGCAUGCGGUCUGUGGAAGUAAAGGAAGUCAAGCACUGUGGGCUAAAAGCUUUAGCAGGUGGCUGCUGUCUUCCUGUGAAGGGGCUUGAGAAGGAGAGCAGAGAAGCAGAUCAUCCACAUAUUGCAACAAAGUGGAACCUCUCUGGAAUUUUUUAUCAUCAAGAUCAGCCUUCAGGAUUUGUAAGAAAUUAAUUGUAGAUUAAAUUCAACAACAAAACAAACCAUGCAGAGAUUAAAGAAGAGUUCUUUAUAUGCCUGGUUCAUGCAUCAAAAAAAUAAAGUUAUGGAUGCCUCUUUAGGCUCCUCUGACGACGUUGAAAAGGGAAAUGACCCAUAUGAAGUGACAUCAGGAAUCUGUGACGGAGCCACCUGUGAAAGCUAUGAGCCGAAUGAAUUGAUAUCUGUAACCAGUAAGGAAGCCAUCACUGAAAGCACUGCUUUGAGUGAAUUGACAACAGGAAGACCUGAUGGACCCACCACUAAUACCUAUGACCAGAGCGAGGUGGAAAAAGUAACUUGUGUUGAACCCUUCGAUGAAAGUAUGAAGGAACAGCUGUCCAAGAUCGAUGAUGGUGAUGAAGACAUUGACCUUCUCAAUUCACAUUACAGCAAGAUUAAGAGAAUUGUGUACUUCAUUGUAUCAUCCUUCACUUUCAGAAUAUUUGGAAUUUUGCUGACCUUUGUGGAUCUGUCCCUCAUCAUUACAGACAUAGUUGUCUCUGAUGGCACGAUGUAUAUUCCUUUGGAAUAUCGUUCAGUUUCUUUAGCUAUUGCUUUAUUUUUUUUCAUGGAUGUUUUCCUUCGAGUAUUUAUAGAAGGGAUACGACGGUAUUUUUCUGAUAUAUUUAACUCCUUAGAUGCUGCCAUUAUUGUGGUGACUCUACUGGUCAAUAUUGCUUAUAUUUUCUAUGACUUUAAGGUUCUUAAAGAUUUCCCCAAAUUGACAAUUAUUUUACGACCUCUACGACUUAUCACUCUGAUAAGAGUUUUUCAUCUGGCUCAUCAAAAACGACAUCUUGAAAUGCUGACCAGGAGGAUGGUUUCAGGAAACAAACGGCGAUACAAGAAGGAUGGAUUUGAGUUAGACCUCACUUACAUUACUGAGCGUAUUAUUGCCAUGUCAUUCCCAUCUUCUGGAAAGCAGUCUUUCUAUAGGAAUCCCAUUAAGGAAGUUGUACGGUUCCUGGAUACCAAGCAUCAAAACCACUACCGAGUCUACAACCUCUGCAGUGAAAGAGCUUAUGAUGCUAAGUACUUCCAUGAUAGGGUCCGUCGAUACAUGAUUGACGAUCACAAUGUCCCCUCUUUGAGUGAGAUGGUGGCGUUCUCCAAGGAAGUAAAAGAGUGGAUGGCUCAAGAUGAGGAAAACAUCACAGUGAUUCACUGUAAGGGGGGCAAAGGAAGAACUGGAACUAUGAUCUGUGCCUACCUUCUUGCCAGUGAAAUAUUUGCAACCGCAGAGGACAGCCUUUAUUAUUUUGGAGAACGACGAACAGAUAAAUCCACCAGCAGUAAAUUUCAGGGAAUAGAAACUCCUUCUCAGAACAGAUUUGUUGGAUAUUUUGCAAUGGUGAAAAAUACCUACAAUUUGACUCUUCCUCCAAUGAAAAAGCUCACGAUGGAAAAAAUCAUUAUUUAUUCAAUUCAAGGUGUUGGAAAAGGCAAUGGAAAUGAUCUAAAAGUACAAAUAAUAAUGCAACGAAAGCCUGUCUUUUUCUGUUCUGCUUCCAAAAACUCUAGGAUAGUUCAUGAUGCUGAAACAGACACAGUAAUAAUUAAUCUAUCCAACUGUCCACCUCUGUAUGAUGAGGUGAAAGUGAAAUUCCUCUCUUCUUCGGAUCUUCCUAAAUACUAUGACGACUGUCCAUUUUUCUUUUGGUUCCAUACAUCUUUUAUACAAAAUAACAGGCUUUAUCUUUCAAGAAGUGAAUUGGAUAAUCCCCACAAACCAAAAGCAUGGAAAAUUUACCGUCCAGAGUUCGCAGUCGAGGUAUAUUUUGAUGACGUUAUCUAAGUGUAGUUCCCCUUCUAGGCUAGAAUCAUGUUCUUCCCAAUCCUUGCUACCUAUUUAUAUCUUUUAAACCUAUUUCCUUGCUGAUAUAGAUACAUAUGUCCUUGAGAACUCUAUUAAAUAUAUACAAAAGAGAAUGUCAAUGGCAAUAGUUUUUUUUGAAAGAACAUAUGUCACAGUUUUCAUUUGUAUUGAGAUAAAUUUGAAACAGUACACGGGAACGUUAUCACUUAACAACUCAGAAAUAAAA